AUGAUGGACAAGGACUCCCUCAUCUCGUCGCUCGCCACUCGGGAGGCCGUGGAUCAAGGACGCCGCGACCUGCCGCCCCCGCCGCAGCCGGAUCCGAGUCUUGGAGGCCGUGGAAGCAGGGGGGCUGUGGGAGCUGGGGGGCCCGUGGAUUCUGGGGGGGGAUGGAGACCGCAGAUGUUCGCAACGAUGUUCGCCACGCGCGAGGAUGUGGACGCCGCUCUUCGCGCCGAGCGCCCGCCCGACAAGAUGCCAGACCUUCCUCACUGCCUCGCCAGCGACCUCCGCGUGCCGAAAACGUUCAAGGAGGCCAUGCGGUCUCAGCAUUCAGAGUUGUGGAAUGAUGCAGGCGAUCGAGAGUUUUUCGGUUUAUUCGAUGAAGGAACUUUUAGUCCGGUGUAGCAACCAGUAGAGAACGCCAUCAAUGCUAAGUGGUAUUUUCACUGUAAGGCAGACGAGUACGGAUGGCCGACGAAAUUCAAGGCAAGACUUGUAGCGCGGGGGACAUGCAGAGGGCUUCGAUUGAAAGUUGAAAAUUGUUUGCACCCACCGUAUCAGUGUCCAGUGUGCGCUUGUUGGCAGCAUUAGCAUGCGAGCAGAAUCUUGACUUGUGCCAUUUCGAUAUUCAGCAGGCUUUUGUGCAGUCUGAGCUUCAUGAGGAUGUUAUCAUGCGCUUACCGCAGGGGUGUGGUAGGUUAUCUGGCCUGAUCAUGAAGCUGUGCAAGAGUCUGUAUGGCUUGAAGCAGGCAUUACGACAUUGGCAUGCGCACCUGACGAGGCGUUUGUUACUUUUAGGUUCUUUGCAGUGUCUGGCGGAUGCAUGUGUUUUUCGAUUGAUGGAGGAGGGACGUGUGAUCAUGAUCAUCGUGGUCCACGU